AAGGUUGUCUGCUACAGCGUUAAGGUCGUCGACUACAUGUGUGAACUGAUUGAUUUCGUCAGCGAUCAGAUUGUAGAAACCAUUGAGAAGAAACUGCAAGAGUUCAUCCAUAAUAUCCAGGUGAUGUUCAGGGUGAAGGUCGACUUCGACCAUUCGUUCGAGUUCCAAACGAAUUUUUCGAGGAAUUACACGGAUAUUGUCAGCGCUAUCACUCAGGAGAUCAAUCACCGAAGUCGGUAUCUGUUCACACUGUUCAAUGUUUUUACGAUUGUUUCCAGUUUCUGUUUCAUUUGUGUUGUUAUUAGAUCAGUAAGAUACAAAAUGAAGUACCUAACCAAGGAUAGCUUCGACAACUUCUACAUCAGUCGGGACUUCAUUGCUAUCGAUGAACAUCGACGAUCGAUGAAUCGGGACACCGUACUUCCGCUGACACGUAAGGAGCGUAAUCGCUACAUACAUCUAACGUCGAUGUCCUUGAUUCGCAAGGAGAAGCUGCGCAUUGCGCGUAGUGCAGUCUUCCUGUUCAUUUCCUCGAUCCAUAUCCUGGGGCUGAUGGCGGCCGACUACUGUCUGUACUGGCUUCUGGCACUGAUUCGGCAUGUCUUUCUGAGGCAAGCGGACAUCGAACGACCUCCAAUGGUCACGUUGGAAGUUAGUGGUUCCGGCAUUAUCGCUGAUAUGUACCGAGGGAUCGUUGGAGCUUUCGAACCAAUGGUAAAACAUGCGGACAUUCUAGAUCCGGCACGGUGCGCACCGGAUCCAAAGACUCCCGACUUCAUUCGGUACUUGCAGAUCAGCUUGCUCUUGUUGUUUUGUUGGAUGUGUAUUGUGCUGGAACCAUAUGGUCUCCGUAUCCGUCAGAUAAUCAUGAGGGCCUAUUACCCCGAUAGGGCAAAGGAACGAGCCACCUGGUUGUACAAUGAUGUUCUGCUGAAAAGGGAGUCCUUCGUUAAGAUCCUACGGCGACAAUUGGGAUUAGGCUCCGGUGAUUCCAAGCCAAGAAAGUUGAUGGAUAUCUUCAGAGCAAAGACUAAUCUGUUCUGGAUUUGCCGCAAGAUAUUGGGAUCAAAUGGUGGUGGAAAGAAGUGUAUCUUCUGUAGCGAACGGAUAGCGGAGAACGAGGCGGUGAGUUGUCUACGACCUGGUUGCGUAGGAGUGUACUGCUACGAGUGUUUUGUGGAAAUUCAAAACCUUUGUACGAUUUGUUCCGAACCGAUGGAUUCCAGUGAUCAAAGUGACAUAUCAAUAGAAAGGUUUGAGUGAUUUUUUUUUCAACAUGAAUCUAUAUCUCUGUAUUAUUUUCUUUUAUUCUAGAGAUUCUUCUGAAGAAGAGAGUUACUUAUAAAGCGAAUCUCAAUGAAGCAUGCCUUACUCAAUGCAAAAUGACAUCGCGUAAUUCUAUUCUCAAACUGAUAAAGAACUG